GCAACUGUCAAAAUAUAUUGAAUGUCUUGUUUUCAAUUUUCAUUUCCGUGAUUUCCAUCGUAUUUCGUACAAAGUCGAUUCUAAAAAAGCAUUAAUUACUUUUAAACUAAAUACUGUGACUUAAUAAUAUUUGAAAUAAGUACAAUUUAUUAAAACAGAAUAACACAAACUAGCAACCAUGGGUAAACGACAGCAUCAAAAGGAUAAAAUGUACUUAACGUACACCGAAUGGACAACAUUGUACGGUGGUAAACGAUCGGGUACAGCAGUGGAAGAGGACACAUCAUUUAAAAGGCUCCCGUAUGAUCAUUGCUGUUUAUGUUUACAACCCUUUGAGCAGCCUUACUGCGAUGCUGAUGGCAAUGUGUUUGAGUUGCAGGCCAUAAUUGAGUUUGCGAAAAAGUUUAAAAUUAAUCCUGUGACUGGCAAGAAAAUCGAUUUAAAAGGCUUGAUAAAGUUGAACUUCUUCAAAAAUGCAAAGGAUGAACACCAUUGUCCAGUAUUGUUCAAACCGUUCACAAAAAACUCUCACAUUGUCGCAAUUCGUACAAGUGGUAAUGUCUAUUGCUAUGAAGCUGUGGAACAGCUCAAUAUCAAGGGAAAGAACUGGAAGGAUCUCAUUGAGGAUACACCAUUUGUGAGGAGCGAUAUAAUUACAAUACAAGACCCAAACAACCUUGAUAAGUUCAAUAUUUCUAAAUUUCAUCAUAUUAAAAAUAAUUUGAGGGUUGAAACAGAAGAGGAAAUAGCUUUAAGAAAAGAUCCACACGCUAGGCUAAAAACAGUGUCAUCUGAAACCAAGGAAAUUCUGCAAGAAUUAGAGAAAGAGUACAAGGCACCAGAAGCAAAAGAAUCUAAAAAAGAGGUAGCUGAUAAAUUCAAUGCAGCUCACUACUCCACGGGCAUGGUGGCGGCCAGCUUCACAUCCACGGCGAUGGUGCCGGAGACGAAACAUGAGGCAGCCAUCAUUUGUGAGGAUGAGGUCAAAUAUGAGAGGGUUAAGAAGAAAGGGUAUGUAAGAUUAGUGACGAAUUUGGGACAGCUAAACUUUGAGUUAUACUGCGAUGUGACACCGAAAACUUGUGACAACUUCAUCAAACUCUGCCUCAAUGGAUACUAUAAUGGAACUAAGUUUCACAGGUCUAUAAGGAAUUUUAUGAUUCAAGGUGGAGACCCAACCGGUACUGGUUUAGGCGGAGAGUCAAUAUGGAAGAAACCAUUUGAAGAUGAAAUUAAACCAAACUUGCAUCACACUGGCCGUGGGGUGCUUUCUAUGGCCAAUUCAGGACCCAAUACAAAUGGCUCACAAUUUUUCAUAACGUUCCGAUCAUGCAAACAACUAGACGGCAAGCACACAAUCUUCGGCAAACUCGUCGGUGGGUUAGAUACACUGAGUGCUAUGGAACAGAUAGAGGUGGAUAAUAAAGAUCGGCCCAUCCAUGAUAUUGUUAUAGAAGUGGCUCAGGUGUUUGUUGAUCCGUUUGCUGAAGCUGAAGAACAGCUUGUCAUAGAAAGGGCUGAAGAGUUAAAAAGACAAGCUGAAGCAGAGAGCCAAGGUAUCAAACCGAAGAAAGCCAACAAACAACCCUUAAAAGUGUUCCGUGAAGGUGUCGGCAAAUAUCUAAACUUACAAGAACUGACAGAACCAAAUAAAGGCACUAAAUCACAAGAGGUACCAGCUAAAAAGACAAAGAAGGAUAAUAAAGGAGGGUUCGGUAGUUUCGACUCAUGGUAAAUUUUGUGUAAAACGUACAAUAAAAAUAUUAAAUCUU